CGAAAACGGUAGGCUGUUAAAUGAGAAAUGGCGGCUGCCAUUUGUCAUUGUCAAUCCUAAGCUCUUACCUGAGUCUUAUAUCGAGACAUUAUUUAUAUUAAACAACAGCUGCAUUUCAAAGGAAAAGCUUCGAGCUUCCUGUUUGGUCGUUAAGAAACAUCGUACAUAGAUUCGUUAACAUUCUGCGCGCGAUGAAAACAUUAAAGACAGUCCUCGCCUCACCGCCUCGGAUAAUAACUUCAUUAUUCGAAAAAAGAAGUCACACCGCAACCUGAAGAUGCGCGUAUUAAAAGAAAAGUUCAUAGACUUUUGAACGCUACUGGAAAGACUACUGUCUGCGAUAUUUAACACCGGCAUUCCAGCCGGUCCAUUGCGACCAAUGUUACGAAACAUCCCAACACACGACGACGACGAAUCUCAGAUGAAACUCACACCGCCGUAUUUCGCUAAUCCGCGCAACAUCGGGAGCGACGUUUAACAAGCGAGCAAGCGCUCGCAAGGACCGCACGGGGCUCGUAAGGAUCACCCGCGCUGCUGGUUCCGGAGAUCACACGAACCGAGAGAGAUCAAAAAAGACGCGGCAGACAGUCGCAGCAGACGACGGAUCGUACGAUCCUGAAGAGCCGACGACGCGCGCACGCACGCACGCACGCCCUAGCUCGCAGCUGUCACACGCUUCUUCUUCUUCUGUCAAGAGAGCGCGAUCCGCCUCCGCUGACGGUCGGUCGAUGCGUCCUUCGUCCGCUCGGACCAUAUCGCGUCCUGUCGGCGAGACCUGAAGUUGUACUCACCGACUCGCCGGUGGCAAUCGCGAGCGUUGCGUCAUACUUCUCUCCCUCUUUCUGACGAGACGCGUUAAAUGAUGAGCCACGCCGUCUUCGCUGUUCCUCGCCGAGCGGCCGCCGUCGCCGACGACGGCGGCGACACGGGUGUGUCCGCUGAAUCGGUCGCGCUACGACACGGUGCGAUCAAGUGUGUCAGUCGCUUCGCCGAACGGCAAGUGUGUCGACGUGCUUGCGCUUCUUCUUGUUAGACGAGCAUACAUGCGCGCGGCCGCACGCACGUACGCAUGCACGCACUCCGACGUGCAUAGUCGGUCGACCAGCAACGAUGAUUACCACGCCGGUCAGAGUCUUGAGGGACAAGAACGUCGCGUACCGCGGCAAGGACGAUGUGCCGGUGGCUACGCAGCCCACUACCAGAGGUGGACUUAGGGUGUACAAGAUCGUGGUGCUCGGUGACGGUGGUGUAGGCAAGUCAGCUGUCACUUUGCAAUUUGUCAACCACCGCUUCUUGGAUUACCAUGAUCCGACGAUAGAGGAUUCAUAUCAGAAGCAAGCGGUCAUUGAUGGCGAACCAGCUCUAUUGGAUAUCUUGGACACAGCUGGACAGGUGGAGUUCACGGCGAUGCGCGAGCAAUACAUGAGGUGCGGCGAAGGUUUCAUGAUAUGUUACUCUGUGACGGACCUGCAUAGCUUCCAGGAAGUAAUGGAGUACAAGAAGCUAAUAUCGCGUGUGCGCGCAAACGAGGAGAUUCCUGUGGUGCUAGUCGGCAAUAAAUUUGAUCUACAACAACGGCGCAAGGUGAGCAUGGAAGAGGGCAAGGCGCUGGCGAAAGAGCUUGGCUGUCCGUUCUACGAGACGUCCGCUGCACUCAGGCAGUUCGUGGACGACGCGUUCUACUCUCUGGUGAGACAGAUUCGCGCCAAAGAGAGACGCGGUAUGACGAUACGUAAGACCAGCCGCUGGGGCCGACUACGCUCGAUAUUCAGUCUCAUUUUCCGACGGCGAAAACGCACUUUCCACACGUCCUAGGAAACAUCCCGAGAUAGCGACCCUCCCCGGUAACGAGAGAGAACAUGUUCCGUGUAGACGAUAACCGAUAAUCCGCGCAAAUCACAACGAAACAGUCGAGUUCAGCAAACCUGCUGGUGCAUUCGGCCAGCGCUCGCGAUGUAGUCACCUUCGUUUAGAGACUGAUGAUUCGUUAACUAAAAACAUCUCACUGCCUUAACAAUUUGACCCCGAUAUUAUUACUUCGGAUACACGGCAACGGGUGGAAUUGCCAAAGCAGACCAGAAGCGUAUCACGUCUUUCGUUCGGAAUUUGACUCGCGAUUUCUGGAUAGGUCGGUCGUGUGCUGCUCAAUGCGAAAGAAACGUGCACACGGUAGACUCAAUGUUUGCCGCAAGGUGUACGACCACAUGUUGCACAUGCCCUUAACAUUGCGACUCGCACUGUCUUCAGUUUUAUACGUUAUCGUAUACGCACGCUGCGUGCACGCGUGUCGCGUACAGCGGCAAGUCGUGGUAAAUCCUGAUGGCCAAGAUAUUAAGGCGUGUCUUUGAAGAGAAGCCCCGCGCACACUUGUGACUUCCAGUUUUGUAACAUGACAGUUCCCCCCCGCGAGACUAUCGAUGGCACAUCUCGAAGGCUGUUAACGUUCAUUCAAGAAGCUAACUUUCACGAUGACCGGCGAUGAUGG